AUGUCUCUUAAGGCAAAGAGGAAUAUUUAUGAGUGUCCGCAUUGCCACACAUUCUCCAUGAUUGUUAACGACAAAACCGGUCUUCUUGUAUGCAAUAAAUGCGGUGUUUGUGCAGAUACUCCACUUUAUGAUGAAACAUCCGAGUACAGAAACUUUGCAAUUGAACACGGUGUUAAAGAUAAAUCCCGUACAGGUUAUUCUGGCGAUGCAAAUGCGGCGGAUCUUGGUACAGCUAUUCAAUUAACCGGAUCAAAGAACAGCAAAUUACUGAGUGACUUAAAUAAGAAAAUUGUUCAAGAUAGUAAACUCAUUAAACUUAAGAAAGCUAUGAGAAGAAUUUCCCAACUUGUUGAAGAUAUGAAUUUAGGAAAACCAAUUGCAUCAAAAGCCCAAGAAAUAUACAAAAAUGCUUUGGAUAACGGUCUUCUUCACAACCAAAAGUUAGUUGCUGUUGAUGCUGUUUGUGUUUAUUAUGCUUGUAUACAUCGUAAACAAGCUAUUGAUAUUGCAGAUGUUCUUAAAUAUCGUGAUGAAAUCACAUUAAAAGAUUUCCAUAAUGUUGAAAAAAGUCUUGAUUCUUUGCCAGACCUUAAAGUUACAACAUCAUUUGCAGAAGUUGCUGCAGGAUUUGCUGAGACGAAACUUCAUCUUAGACCUUUCGUUUGCGAUGCAAUUUUGGCUCUCGGAAGAGUAUUUGAAGCAAACUCUUCUUUCGCUGGUGCUGAUCCAACAACAAUCGCUGGCGCUCUCGUUUUGCACAUCAAUGACUAUCUGCUACCAGGUUUCAAAACUACUGUUGAAAAUGUGUUGACUGUCGUAGGAAAAUCAGAAAAAACUGUCUUGAAAUAUAAGAAAGAAAUCGAUGGUUUGAGAGAACAGACUAAAAACAUUCCUGCUGUAGCUGAAUUGAUCAAGAUUAUGAAAGAUGAAGAAAUGAAGAGAUAA